GUAGGGGGCGGGGCCGUGACGUCACAUUCCUGCAUUCUCUGUGUCAGGCUGGAGCUGUCUGCCAGUGUCAGGGAGCAAGCGGCCGGCUCUUCCGGGGCGAGCUCACAGGACACUGCCCAGGUAUGUCAUAUGCAAGGUGAGCGGCGUCUUGCUGACCCACAGUAUGGAGUAAGCCUGCUGGCCAGCUGAUUACAUGCACGUUCGCGGUCUGGGAUAAAGCGUGCAGAAGUGAUGGAGAACUCGUCCGUGGCCUCGGCCUCCUCAGAAGCAGGCAGUAGUCGUUCCCAAGAGAUUGAAGAAUUAGAAAGAUUUAUUGAUAGUUACGUCCUGGAGUAUCAGGUUCAGGGGCUGCUGACGGACAAGACCGAAGGUGACGGAGAAAGCGAAAAAACCCCAUCUAAUAUUUCCCAGUGGACAGUGGAAUGUAAUGAACAAUUGGACGUAAACCGGACUUCACCGAAAAAGAAAUCGCCUUCCAACAACCACAGCCAGAAUGGUAACAAGGAUGGUGCGUUUGACAUACUGGGGACAGACAUUUGGGCAGCGAGCACGUUUGAUUCCAUAAGUGGUGCAACAUGGGACUUGCAACCAGAGAAAUUGGACUUCACCCAGUUUCACCGGAAGCUCCGCAACCCCCCGAAGCAUCCCCUUCCUCAGAUAGACAGAGAAGGGUUUGGUAAAGGAAAAUGUGAAGAUGGAGGAGAUGAAAUCAACCUCAAUGACAUAGAGAAAGUACUCCCCACCUGGCAGGGAUAUCACCCGAUGCCCCACGAAGCAGAGAUAGCGCACACCAAAAAAUUAUUCAGACGGAAAAGGAACGAUCGAAGGAAACAGCAGAAAUCGCAAGGAGGGAAUAAGCCGCAACAACAAACACAACACAACGAGCACCAACCGGCCCCUGCCAAACACAACGCCAGGGAGAACCAGAAACUGUACCAAGGAUGCCAAACACCGCAUUCCUCAGGCAAGCAGGGUCACCACGGCUACAGCCAAAACCGCCGAUGGCACCAUAACCAGAAGCACUCGCCAAGUGAAAAAGACCCACAGAGACAUGCCAAAGACACAGAGAGCCUGAAGAUUGAGGACGCUUCAGUUUGCACAGUCCAUAUCCCCCUCGAAAAUCACCGCAGCACAGAGACUACCGAGAGACAAUCCCAGCAGACUGGCAGCAACGAAUCUGAAGCCAAACGGAAAGACAGUAUUCAGAGCAGAGAUCAGGAGAGGCCGAAGAUAAACCUUCUCCAGUCCUCCAAAGACCGCCUGCGAAGAAGGCUCAAAGAGAAGGAAGAAUACGCGGUGGAGUCCACCAAUCCUCAAAGGACCAAAAUGGACAAACUUAUAGAAAUAUUGAACAGUAUGCGAAAUAACAGCAGCGAUGUGGACUGCAAGCUCACCACGUUCAUGGAGGAAGCCCAGAACUCUGCCAACUCCGAGGAGAUGUUAGGGGAGAUUGUAAAGACUAUUUAUCAGAAAGCCGUGACGGACAGAAGCUUUGCGCAUACCGCCGCUAAACUCUGCGACAAGAUGGCUCUGUUCAUGGUGGAAGGCACCAAGUUUCGGAGCCUUCUACUCAACAUGCUGCAGAAAGAUUUCUCCGUACGAGAAGAGCUGCACAUGUCUGAUGUGGAGAGCUGGUUGGGAUUCAUCACCUUCCUCUGCGAAGUUUUCGGCACCAUGAGGAGUAAUAUGGGCGAGCCUUUCCGAGUCCUUGUGUGCCCGAUCUAUACCUGCCUUAGGGAGCUGUUACAGUCGUACGACGUGAAGGAGGAUGCGGUUCUUUGUUGUUCCAUGGAGCUGCACAGCACUGGACGUCUGCUGGAGGAACAGCUGCCUGAGAUGAUGACGGAGCUGCUGGCCGCCGCACGGGACAAGAUGCUGUGUCCCACCGAGUCCAUGCUGACCAGGUCUCUCUUGCUAGAGGUGAUUGAGCUUCACGCCAACAGCUGGAACCCCCUGACCCCAAGCAUCACCCAGUACUACAACAAGACUAUCCAGAAACUUACAGGUUGACAUGCGAGCGUAAAAGGGGGCAACAGCCAACAGGACACGAUCCCUAGGGUAGGGGGAAGUUCCGCCACCCUGGCGUAAACCAGGAUGUACUAACUGGACUUGCCAACCUUUCUACGAAGAUAAUGAAGGAAGAACACGUGUUAAUAAAUCAAACAGCAUGCUUAAGAACUCAUUCAGCAAAGGGGGGGAAGCUGCCUUCUUUUUCAGUCCAGUACCGUGCUCUACAACGCCUCCUCCAUCGUCUCGUUACCAUAUUGUAUGAGCCGCAAGGCACGCACCGAGACUGUCACUGUGGGUGCAGUGGAGACCUGUAUUGUGUGAGGCCGACUGGCCGCUAUUGUUUACACAGCAUAUUGAGGGCUUUUACGGGCCAACUGGCAGGAGGUGGGUCUGGGCAGAUGUCUCAGGAGAGCAAAGAGGGCACGGUCAAAGGCGACAUUGAUUGGUGACCUCUUCUUUGUCAACGUGUGGAGCUUGGGGGGGUCGCGUGUUUGGAGCCACAGUAGGGAUAUGUAUUAGAGAGCUGCACAGGUUGAGAUUUCAUUUUGCACUCUAUGGUUUUCUUUCGAAUAAUUAUUAUAAUUUUUUUUCCAUUUUAAGGUUGAUGUAGGACAAAACAAAAAAUCCUGCAAGCAUCAUCCUAGUGACGGAAAUGGUUUUGCCUAUCCGUUGGGAUGAUAAUGCACGGAUUUGGUGACUUGGAGGGGAAUAGGAAUAAAUACUAAGCAACCCAGUUCAUUGGGCAGGGACCAAAAGGGGGUCCCUAAUAAAUUGCUGUGCAAUAUGUAGUAAAUGUUUCGUAUCUGGCUGCAAAAGGGUUGUCAUGAAAUGCGUCAGUUAUCAUGAUCAGUUCAAGACACAUAUGAAGUGCUAGGAAAUGUCCCAGAGGAUGUAAGGAGGGCUUCUUUAUCCAUAUUUACAUGCUUGUCAUUGUCCUCCUGCAUUUAUGUAAGAGUGUGGCUUUCUUCUGCGCUUUUCAGCCAGGUUUCGAUAGCCUUGGUUUUGCUCUUCUGCAGGUGGCGGUGCACAAGCAGUGGUAGUACUUUUCUAAUGAAGGUGAGAUGAUGAGUUUGGAUGCAUGAUCCUGGACCCGAAACGUGUGAUGCCAUUUUACUAUUUAUUAAGGUGUAUGGGAAAUUUUUGGGCACUGUGCUGUGGUAUAUAUGUAGCAUUCCUGCCGCUACCUGCAGAUGCUCAUGUCACCCUGAAGCACUAUGACAUCACACGAAGAUAUUAUCUACAUUGAACAUCAUUGUCUCAGAAUGCGCUGAAGGCCGCCCCUUUAAACAGAGACAGAUACGUGUAUUUUAUUUAUUUAGAGCUUAUUCCGACUGUAUAUUUCAUAGGUCAUUUUUAUGUGCUUUGACAUUUCUGACACUACUGGGCGAUGUUCUAUAAAAGUUAAACCCAUAUGUUCUACCAUGACCACCCCUAGCGUCCAGAGUGGUCCUGUCCAAUUGCUGUGUGUUUCCAGUCAUUUGCUCAUUGGUGGAUUUUACAUCACCAAAGUCACGUGAAGGCUUUUUGUUCAUUUUUAUAUGACAUUUCUUGAUUCAAGAUAAACUCCGCCUUCUCAAUGACAUCACAAGUGUGCGAGCAGACAGUUCCACUUGUGUGAUGUCACAUGGGUGGACGGAGGCAGUAUGGCCACGGACCAGUGUGAAAAUAUGUUUUUAAUACAGAUCGGAGUUAUCGAACCUAAUAUCCCAUUCCGGGCAGGUUCAACAGCUAUUAUUGUAAGGUAAUGCAGCGUCAGUUUGAGCAGUAGCAAACGAUGGGUCAUAUCUGACUGAUAAGCAACUUAAAUCACUAAUGUCCAGGAGCACUUGAUCACUGGUUGGCUCUGUGGCGCUAAUGUCGCAUCUACCACUUGGACCCUGGUGUCCAGUGACGAGGUCAGUGUACAAGAUUGUAGUGCAGUGAUAUAGCCUAUGUAGAAUGCUAUAGUUUAUAAGCUGUACAAACAGUAGGAAAACAAAGAACGUCAGAGGGCAUGCCAACUGUUCAGUAUUUGCAUGGGCUUAGAACAUGUCGCCCAAUAUCGCCACAAGUGGUUCCAAUGGGCAAAGAUUCAUUAUCUGGCAUAUUGGAGAUUAUGAUGGGAAGAUUGUAUUGACUCUCUUUAGUCAUUUGGGACGACAUUCAGAACUCUAGGUUCAAGGAGGCAAAUAAUUGAGUCCUUUCUAAUUUGCCCACUUGAAUGACUGGUCAUACUGAGUAUCAUCGUAGCUGUGGCCCACACUACAGAUAAGGAUCACCCAUUGAAUAGUUUAUAAAAAGAAGACCGCUAUAUUGUGAGGCACCUCUACAGUUAUCAACAACCUAGAGGUGGUUGGUCUCGUCUUUCAGGGCUUGGACUUUAGGCAGGGUACUGGCUCUUCUUAAAGAGACCAGCCGUGUAUGGAGACUUAUUGGCAAUGCUCUAUGGGAACAUAAUAUCUAAAGAGGUAUCUCCCAGAGGAAGGGAACCAUCUCACAAACCCCACUUUUUAAUAAGCCUUGGGACAUGACAAGAAAAAAUUGCUAAGCCAAAUAGACAGCUGUAUCAGGGUGCUUGCCCCUCAUAUGUACGGAUUAGGAUUCUGGCUGGCUGGGUGCAGUGCCUUAGAUGAAGCUUAAGCAGGUUGCUGGGUCUCCUUGAAGAGAUCAUCUGUGUAUGGAGACUUAUUGGCAAUGCUCCAUGGAAAAAUAAUAUCCAAAGAGGUGUCUCCCAAAAAAAGAGAACCAUCUCGCUAGCGUAACCUUUUAGAAGUGGCUCCCUCCGACAUUUUAACAAGCCUUGGGACAUGACAAGGGAAAAUAGCCAAGCAAAAUGUCCAUCCGUAGAUAGCUACUUCAUGGUGUUUGCCGCUCAUCAAUAUGAAAUAAGAUUCUGGCUGGCUGGCUAACUAAACAUUCUUAUCUGUCCUCAUUUUAUCUCUAAAGAUUGCCUUUUCUUGGUCUCAAAACUUGAGACCAUUGUGUUUUUCAGCAAAAGUAAAAAUUUCGUGACCUGGAUGGUUCUACACCUGAGCUGGUAGAACUUCAUUCCUCCCCUAUAUUUUCUAUAUGAGGGGGGGGGAAUGGCAUCCCUCACCAAUGGGUCCUCAGAAUGGUUGUCGACUGUUGGUUUUCGGAUAGUACCAAUGGCCCGAUUGCGUUAGAAGCAUAUAUGACCUUCCUAAGACAGUCUUCUCUUGGUCUCAAAAUGUUAAACCAUCAGAAAAACAUCUAAAUAUUUAGCAACUCUUCCACCUGGGCUGGUCAGGAUCAGAUCCCUAUUCUUUCUGUGUGAGGGAAAGGAAAUAGCAGUCUUAUGAGGCCUCAUCAAAUAGUCUUCAGUUGUCAACAAUCGGUUGUGUUAUGGUACUUUCUUUAGUUGAUAGCAUAGAGGCAUAUAUGACCACACAUAGCCAAGGAAAACAUACCUAAGACUGGUUACAUGCCAAAAACUUCAACAUGGCAGAUCCCAAUUUCUCUGUAGCCAGUUGAUCUGAACGCAAAAACAUGACCAAUUUUUGGCCUAAAAUCAGGCAAAACAGACAUACUGUAGGUUGUUGGCCAAAAUAUACGAAUGUGACUGUCCAUCUUAAGUCGUGACAAUUCUUGCCGACAGAGAAGUCCAUCUACUCUUGUGUUGUAUUGUGAAGCAGCAAGACGCAAGUCUCUCGAUUUGUUUUUAGUCUGUUGUCUGACCUAGAAGAGUCUUUCUUUUUUUUCUAGCUCAUCAAAUGUAGUAGGUGGCUGCUGGUGUAUCGGCACUGAAGAAUAGCAGGUCAGAGUUUCACUUCCUGGAGGUCAGUGGAGGAAAUGAUGUCACUGUUUGGCCAUUUCCUUAUUUACUUUCUCUAUAGACCCUCGACUUAGUAGAUCAUUCCUGGAGCUUAUUAAAUGUUGAAUUCCAAAGACGAGAGGGGAAAGGCAGGGUAGUUUCCUGUUCUCUGCUCAUCCUGCAGUCAGAGGGAGUACAAGGAAAUUUGGCUUGACGUCCCAAGUCUCCCAUCAAAGCGCAUCAGGAUGAACGUCUUGCAUUCUUGGCCCAUGCAUUAAUGUUUUAAGUGUUGGUGCUUGGAAUGUGGUUUUUUACUUUUAAGGAUACGUGUCGGACUGAAAUAUUUUAUCUCUCGUUUUCGUGCUUGCUUAUGAGAAAAAGCUGAUGCAGAGCACAUGUAGAUGAUCUAUACCUCCCAUAGCGUAAGACUGAUAUCAGCAACAACUUUUGAGCACCAGAAGUGUGCCUGGACAGGGAAACGUUAUUCUUUAGAAAAGUUUGCACUCCUAAGGUUUAAAAGGGUUUUCCAAGAUUUUCAUACUGAUGACUUAUCCUCUGGUUGGUGAGGGUCUGACACCCGGGACCCCCGCCGAUCAGCUGUUUGAGAAGGCACCGGCGCUCCUGUGAGCUCCGCUGCCUUCUCCCUGCUUACCAUGCACUGCGCCAUACAUUGUAUAGCGCCUGUGCUUGGUAUCUCGCUACGCCCCAUUUACUUCAGUGGGGCUGAGCUGCGCCUAGGCCACAUGACCGAUGAACCUUGCGUCACUGGCCUAGGAAAAGCUGUGAGAAGGCGUCAACGCUACGACAAGGUCCACUGCCUUCUCAAACAGCUGAUAGGCAGGGGUCCUAGGUGUUGGACCGCCAACGAUCCGAUACCGAUGACCUAUCCAGAGGAUAGGUUAUCAGUAUGAAAAUUGGGUUUUCCCAUAGUGAACCCUUAUUACCUGUCCACAGGAUAAUACGGAAGGUUAUAUGGCAUAUUUUGAUUGAUCAUACCAUGUUCUGGAGGGCUUGUCUCCUGGAGCACCAUUGGUAUACUUGAAGAGCAACUCCAGUUGUAGUUGAUGUCAUAAGUUCAUUUUGCAGUGAGACUUUAUUAAAUAUUCUUAAAUAAAUGUGGAAAUUGACUACCAAGAAGGAAUAUGAACGUGUUUUUAUUGUCUGUAUCGUCAUAUGAGCUUUUUUUCCUGUGCUUACUGCAGCACCCUGCUGAGUACUGCACUGUGAGCUGUCCGGAGCUGUGGGGAGAGGGAACUGGGAACAUCUCUGGCUCUAUAAUGUGGUAGUCAAGUCCAUUGAGCAGACAAACUGCCUAGAAUGUAUUAACCCUAAUUACAAUAAUUAUGUUCCAUAUGGAUGAAAAUAUAACUAACCUCUGUGGAAAAACAUAAAAUAUAAUACUUUCAUACUUCUCCUAUGUACAAGAAUAUAACUACUAUAAUACUGCCUUCUAUGUACAAUAAUAUAACUACUAUAAUACUACUCCUAUGUACAA